ACUGUACAAUUGCAGAGCUUGUAAUAAUUGUUUUGUUGUUCCAAAAUUUUUUUAAGAAAAAAUCGGUUUUUGUCUCCAAAUUUUUUAACAGGAUUUGGAUGAUUUGACAAAGUAUUUAGAAACAUAUCUCGUAUACGUGACUUGUAGAAAUUAUAUUCAAUAUUAUAUUUAUUAAUUACCAAGACACCAUAUCUUGGUUUCCGAUUUCUGGUGUCAGUUUUCAAUAUUUGCAACUACAAGCUUGAAGUUAACGAGAUUCACGGUUAAAAAUAUAUGCACUAUGUACAGACGUUUUUCGUCUUUCAUUUUCCACAAGAUUAUUCCACCACACGACGUAAUUAAACAAUUUGUUAAAAUAAAUCGACAAACGCAGAUGUCGAUUUUUAUCUGAAUCACAAUUAAGCGUGCAAUAAUAAUAAUAUUAAUGAUAAAUGUGUCAACUAAAAAGAACCAUGUUUUUAUCGUAACUAUCCCAUAUAUCCAGAUUAUGAAACCUUAUUUGCUACAAUUAACAUAAGCAAAUACAAUAGGCAAACGCAUGCCAACGUUCGAUUGCAUCCCUUUGGAUUUUUUUGCACUCUCCCUCAUUGUCUCCCGUUGUAUUACCACUCAUGUCACAUUAUAAGAAAUCAGCGCGUGCCGAAUCAAGAGUCCUCACAUUGAUCGAUACGCGAAACUGAGAUCGAUCCGAAACGGAAAUAUCGAUAUCAAAGCAGAUAGACUUGAUAGAGAGUGCUGUAAGAAGGAGAAACGAGGAAAUUCGGACCGUUGGUAAAUAAGACGAAACAUGGUUUCAAGCAUGUGCGUAAGAACGUAUUACCAACACGGCAGAAUUACGAAAAAAAUAUUGAAAAAAGCAGUAAACAUCGCAGAUAUAUACCUUAGCUUUGUUUCGUCAGUGUCGAGGACACUUGGUGUGAUUUUCGAUCGAUAUCAUCUGGCAGUUACAUUUUGAUUAUAUUGUGUGCUGGUAUAAUUCCGAACUCUCUCUUUCUCGUUAUAUUUACAAGAUCGAAUUACGAUUCUUAACGACUUGUGGUUUCGUACAUAUUUGCAUUUCUGUAAUCGGAGCGAGAUAAGAGGACAGUCGUACAGUCGCAUUUCAAAAAAAGAAAAAAACCUUUAUAAUCUGAUACUAUGGAAAAGAGACGCAAAUCUCCGGAAAAACGACAAUCAAAAAAAAAAAGAUUUCCACUAUCUGAUAAUAUAGAGAUGCAACCCAGAUCUUCGGAUGACAAUUUCUCCAAGUCCGACGAGAAAUCAUCGGUUCCUUCUACAUUGAGGCAUGUUUCGGAGACAUCCAGUGAGCAGGCUUCAUCAAGUCAAAUACAUUAUGAUAGCAAACGAUCUGAUAUUACGGAAGAGCAACCCGAAUCUGAGAAUGUCUGCGAGUCCGAGAAGAAAUCGUUGUCUUCCUCUAUAUCGGAGCAUGAUGAUAUGGAGACAUCCAGUGAGCAGGCUUCAAGUCAAGCAGAUGAUGAUAGCGAGCCUUUACAAUUUGAUAUUACGGAAAGGCAACCCGAAUCUUCGAAAAUCAAGAAUGUUUGCGAGUCCGAGAAGAAAUCGUUGUCUUCUUCUAUACAGAGUCAAGAUUUGGAGAGACCCGUCGAGCAGGAUUCAUCAAAUCGAGAAGAAUCUAUUAACGGACUUCUACCUGCUAUUAUGGAAGAGCAGUCCGAAUCUUCGAAUAUCAAAAGCUUAUGCGAGUCCGACGAGAAAUCGUUGUCUUCCCCCAUACCGAGUCAGGAUUUGGAGACACCCGUUGAGCAGGAUUCAUCAAAUCGAGAAGAAUCUAUUAGCGAACCUUUACAAUCUGAUAUUACGGAAAGGCAACUUGAAUCUUCGAAAAUCGAGAAUGUUUGCGAGUCCGAGAAGAAAUCGUUGUCUUCCUCUAUACCGAGUCAGGAUUUGGAGACACCCGUCGAGCAGGAUUCAUCAAAUCGAGAAGAAUCUAAUAGCGAACCUUUACAAUAUGAUAUUACGGAAAGGCAACCCGAAUCUUCGAAAAUCAAGAAUGUUUGCGAGUCCGAGAAGAAAUCGUUGUCUUCUUCUAUACCGAGUCAGGAUUUGGAGACACCGGCCGAGCAGGAUUCAUCCAAUCGAGAAGAAUCUAUUAGCAAACCUUUACAAUCUGAUAUUACGGAAAGGCAACCCGAAUCUUCGAAAAUCAAGAAUGUUUGCGAGUCCGAAAAGAAAUCGUUGUCUUCUUCUAUACCGAGUCAGGAUUUGGAGACUCCCGUCGAGCAGAUUUCAACAAGUCGGAUAGAUAAAACCAGUAGAGGCCAUAUAUUAGCAGACUAUGAAGAAUGUAUGAAGCUUAUGGAACGUAGUCCAAUUAAAGUCGAAACGAAUUUACCGAGAUUGUCUUUUACGGAACCGUCUACGGAAUCCGAUUCGGAUUCGGUUGCUACUAUAAUCAAGCGAUCGACUACAUCAAAAUAUGAACUCGAGUUAAAAGUUCCAUCUUCGGAAGAAUGCAUUCAGAAGAGUAAAAGUGACACUAUAUUGAUAAACAAUCAGUAUGAGAAAAAAGAAAUACCUUCAAUCAGAGAUAAGGCAAUGUCUAUUUUAAAGAGAUAUAGAUCACGUUCGGAAUCGAGUGCUACUGAAAUCGCACAACCGAGUACAUCAAAAUCCGCAUUCGAGCUAAAAUCUCGAUAAUACAUCAGAUUUACCUGCAUCUGAGCCAACAGACAAUCAACCAGAAACUACGAGCGAUGAGAAAUAUGAG